GGGGUCACAAAAUGCAAAAGUCAAGAAGACUGCUGGUCCUGCUCCUACUAUCAACUGUAUUAUCCAGCAGGGAAAUGUGGUGCAUGACAGGGGACUUCUGUAGCUGGAAAGGAAGUGGUCUCAGUUGGGACUCUGGCUCUCGAGCUGUGGAACAAGUUCACCUGCGGUGUACAGAGGGUUCGUUGGAAUGGAUGUACCCAGUACAAGCUUUAAGAGUUAUUCUUGAACCCACCCUCAUCAAUAGCAAACAUACCACUAUCUGCAUUAAGCCUCAUUCACAAUUUCAAGGAGCUAACCUCUAUGUGGAGAAGAGAAGAGAACUACAUCUUCUAGUUAGUGAAGUAGAUGGAGUAAAGAAGGUACAUUGCUUUGGCAUGGACAAUUCUCAGAGAGUAGCUCUGUUCUUACAAGCCAGUCCACAGAAUGAUCUUAGCAGGAGGACAGCUGGGUUUCAGUACGAGCUCCUCAACAACCAAACUUCAGGACUUGUAUUUCAGAAGCUUGCACUAGUGGAAGAUGCUUGUCGACCUUGUGAUGAUGAAGACCUUCUCAUGGCUGUUUGCACAAGUGACUUUGUGGUGAGAGGCUCGAUUCUACGCAUUACCCAUGACAUGGAGACACAGGUUUCUCGAGUCGAUAUCAAUGCUCUAAGGGUUCACAGACAAAGAAACAGUAUUUUUCAACCAGAUGACCUCACUGGUACGUGGAUUGGACCCAUCAGUACGUUAUUGCAGUGCAGAGUCAAGAAAGGUGAUGGUGAAUUUCUUUUCACAGGCAGUGAACAUUUUGGGGACGCCUGGCUGGGAUGUGCCCCUCGAUAUAAGGACUUUCUAGAGAUUUACCAAAAAGCCAAAAGGUUGAGAAGUAAUCCUUGCGAUUUCAAGAUAUAAACUUUGUUUUUAUGGAAUAUUUAAUUCUCCUUAAUUGCUUUUGAAACUUGAAUUGAAUAUUUGCAUUUUCCAAGUGAUGUGUUGAAAUUGAAUGUGUAGAUACAUUUACUGUAUUGCUUCUAUGGAUCAUAAUGAUAUACCACAUUUAUACUUGAAUGUCUACAUUGUUUGUAAUAGUACAGGUAAGUGUUCACCUUGGCACACAGAGUCCUCGGGGCCCAUAAUAUAGAGCCAAAUGAUGCUCUCUAUGCAGACACAUUUUUGGAAAUAUUAUAAAUUUUACAUUCAAUGGAAGUUGCUAGAGUUUUGAUAUAUGAAAUGGGAGGCACAGAGAGGUGCAAUAAGGACCCAUACACUUCUAUGAGCACUGUAGUAUGCCUUUAUACAACUCAGAGGUUGAGUGGAGGCUUAACACA